AACAUCACACCCCUCUCUCCUACAUUUAAUACCAUAUCUUACUCUUUUCUCUUUCCAUCUCUCAAAAAAACUCUCUUUUCCCUCUUCUCCACCCUUUUCAUUCCUUCAUAUUCCUCACUUUCUACAAUAUUAAUUAACCCUUACUCUUACAAAUUAUUUUUGUUUCUUGAAUAUGGGGUACUCAGAGAAAGCACAAGUAGAAGGAGCAAUUGAGUCAGAAAAUAGUAGAAAAUGGGUUAUAGCUGGAGUUUCUUUACGAGCUCCAUUGAAGCCAAUUUUAACAAUUCCUAUAGAAAAACAACAACAACAGCACCAGAAACAAGAACAAGAAGUUGAAGUUGUUAUAGAGGAAGAAUGUUCUACACCGACAAACGAGGAAUCGAAAAUACCAACGUUGUUCACGUGUCCACCUGCUCCUAGAAAGCAAAAAUCUUCUUUGAAGUUGAACAGAAACUAUCAUGGUAGAAGUGGUGUUGUAAGAGAGUUUUUUACAGCGCCAGAUUUAGAAACCGUCUUUGUAAGACAUGUUGAAACGGCGUAAAACCUUAGUUUUUAGCUAGGUAUAGUAUAGUUCUUGUUAUGUUGUGUACCUUAGUUAAUUUUCUAUGUGUAUUUUUUUCUUCUUCUAGUUAUAGAGUUUGUUUUUAGUAGUUCAAAGAUUUGGACUAUUUUGUAUAGAGCUGUUUCAAAAUGAAUAAAAUUGUUUGUAUGCUUGAA